AUGUCGACUUCUGUCCCCCCGGCCGAGCAGGCCAAGGGUGUGGCGCCUGAUGGCACUUCCGACUACAAACCUCUUCGCGGAGGAGGUUCCGGCUACGCGGCAAAGGUUCACAUCGCCGACACCCCCAUGACCUGGGCCAACAUGCACAAGCACAUCAACUGGCUCAACACCACCUUCAUCAUCAUCAUUCCCAUGAUGGGCUUCAUCUCCACCUACUGGGUUCCUCUCAAGCUUUACACCGCAAUCUUUUCCGUCAUCUACUACUUCAACACUGGCCUCGGCAUCACAGCUGGCUACCAUCGUCUGUGGGCUCACACUUCCUACAAGGCAACUCUGCCUCUCAAGAUCUACCUCGCCGCCGUCGGCGCCGGCGCCAUGGAGGGAUCCAUCCGCUGGUGGUCGAGGGAUCACCGCGCCCACCACCGCUACACCGACACCAACAAGGACCCCUACUCUGUCCGCAAGGGCCUGAUGUACUCCCACCUCGGCUGGAUGGUCUUCAAGCAGAACCCCAAGCGCACCGGCCGCACCGACAUCUCCGACCUCAACGAGGACCCCGUCGUCGUCUGGCAGCACCGCAACUUCAUCAAGUCAGUCAUCUUCAUGACGCUCGUCUUCCCCACCCUCGUCUGCGGCCUGGGCUGGAACGACUGGGUCGGCGGCUUCGUCUACGCCGGUAUCCUGCGCGUCUGGUUCGUCCAGCAGGCCACCUUCUGCGUCAACUCGCUCGCCCACUGGCUCGGUGACCAGCCCUUUGACGACCGCAACUCACCCCGCGACCACGUCAUCACCGCCCUCGUCACCCUCGGCGAGGGCUACCACAACUUCCACCACGAGUUCCCCUCGGACUACCGCAACGCCAUCGAGUGGUGGCAGUACGACCCCACCAAGUGGUCCAUCACCCUGUGGAAGUACCUCGGCCUCGCCUACGACCUCAAGCAGUUCCGCUCCAACGAGAUCGAGAAGGGCCGCGUCCAGCAGCUCCAGAAGAAGCUCGACCAGAAGCGCUCCAAGCUCGACUGGGGCACGCCCCUCGAGCAGCUCCCCGUCAUCGGCUGGGACGACUUUGUCGAGCAGUCCCGCAAGGACGGAAAGGCCCUCACCGUCAUCGCCGGUGUCAUCCACGACGUCGGCGACUUCAUCAAGGACCACCCCGGUGGCAAGGCCCUCAUCAACUCGGCCAUCGGCAAGGAUGCCACCAGCAUCUUCAACGGCGGCGUCUACCUCCACUCCAACGCCGCUCACAACCUCCUCUCCACCAUGCGCGUCGGUGUCCUCCGCGGCGGAUGCGAGGUCGAGAUCUGGAAGCGUGCCCAGUUUGAGAACAAGGACGUCACCUACGUCAAUGACUCGGCCGGUCAGCGCAUCGUCCGUGCUGGUAGCCAGGUCACUAAGGUUGUCCAGCCCGUCGCCAGUGCCGACGCUGCCUAG